UUAGGCCCACUGAACAACAAAGCGCUCAGUCUUUUUCAUCAUGUGCAUUCAGGACUACAAUAAAGCUAAUUGAAUUUCACAACUUCUUCAGAAUAUCCGCGUUAUAACCUUCACCGGAGUUUCGUUUGGGAUUUUGAUUGGUUAGAACUUCAUACAGCAUUUCCAUCGAUCUUUUUUUUCCCCCAUCCCCCUGCUCUUUCUGAAGAAAGUCGAGAAACCGAAAGUUAACGGAAAUAUUAGCGCUAUUUUCGCGCGUCCCGUCACGUCAACGUUUAGUCGGUAAUGAAGAACCGCGACAGCCCCGCUUCCGCCUGGAAGGUGAAGGUGGAGGCGCUGAAGAGGUUUCUCGUGUGCGCUGUCGCCUGCACCUGUGCGGCCGUGAUGUAUAUACAGUGGACCUACAUCUGGAUGCUCAGGUCUGAAAUGGCUGAAAUAACUCGUCGGUUCGGGCCUCUGGACACAGCCAUGAAGGAAGGUGGGAUAUGCUGCGAUUCCGCCUUGUGCUACGGGGCUACAUCUUGUUAUAAGGUGAGCUGCUAUCACGAGAGACGGACACGCGCUGAGGGCAGAGACAAGAGAGAUGUGUCAAAACAAAGGAAACAGAGAAAGAGACGAGAAACAGAGCAGCACACGUUUCUCCAUCUGGUUCCCGUGUCUUCGCAGUCAUACAAUGAUCAUGACACCACUGUUCUGUCUUGGGCCAUAGGGCAGAGCAGAGGGGGGGCUUCAGGUUUGGGGGAUACCGUAACAGUGGAGACUGAGGGUACCUACUUCAUUUACAGUCAGGUGCUGUAUAAAGACACCACCUGGGUAAUGGGUCAUGUGAUCACGAAGAGGGACAAAGCGGAAACUAAGCUCAUGAAGUGUUUAAAAAGCAUGCCCAGGAACGUCAGCCAACCACUCAACACUUGCUACACAGCUGGAAUUUACUUCCUGGAGUCUGGAUCCACUCUUCAGCUCUCUGUUCCCCGCAAAUCUGCAGAGCUCAUCCUGACAGCUCACGCCACCUUCAUGGGCCUCUUCAGCAUAUGACACAAACAUGUGUUAGUUAGUUCUCUACACAAGAGUUUCGUACUUUCAUGCGCAAUAACAGUAAAUGCUUUUAUGUGGAGAGUGAUUGAUACCCAGUGUACAGUUCAUACACUGGCAUGUUGGAAAGGGUACUUAAAUGUACAAAAUAUGAUACUACUAUGUUUGGACAUGGCAUUAUAGAAAUAAGGUUUGCUUCCAUUUUUAAAUAUACUGUGGGCAAUGUAAAUAUGUUAUAUAGAUAUGGUAUUCGGUACCAUAGCAUACAUACACUGAUUAACCACUGACAGAUGAGUAACAUUGAUCAUAUUGUUAUAAUGAGGGUGUCAUAUAUCAGGCAUCAAGUGAACAGUCAGUUGUUCAUGUGUUGGAAGCCAGAAAAAGGAACAAGAGGAAAGAUCUGAGUCACUUUGACAAGGGUCAAAUGGUGAUGGCUAGCCGACUAGGUCAGAGCAUCUUCAAAACAGCAAAUCUUGUGAGGUGUCCCAGUAUGCAAUGGUUAAUACCUACCAAAAGUGGUGCACAUAAGAAGAAUCUGUGAUCUGAUAUCAUGGGCAUCCAUGGGCUAGUGCAGGAGAGGCACUGUAGCUCAGAUAAAAACUUAAUGUUGGC